AUGGAAUCCGCUGGCUAUUAUGUCUGCAUCGGAGUGGCUGGGUCAACGACCACGACAACUGCUGCUCCCACAAGUACCACUGCCACGACGACAGCUAACCCACACUCUCCUCAGCAGACUGGGAUUGCUGCAAACUGUAACAAGUACUACUUUGUAGAAACUGGUGACGGUUGUUCCAACAUAGCUUCGACGUAUGGUAUCACCCUCGCCAAUUUCUACAGCUGGAACCCAGCUGUUGGGACAUUUUGUCAGAGCCUUCAGGCUGGGUACUAUGUCUGCGUUGGUGUUUCAGGGUCAACCACAAGCACAACCACUACAAGGACCACCACCACCACCAAAGCACCCACCACAACAACUACGGCCAGCGGUCCCUCUCCGACCCAACCCGGCAUCACGGCCGACUGUGAGACAUUCUACCAGGCCGUUUCGGGCGACAGCUGCUGGACCAUCGUCAGCGAGAAAUAUACCUAUCUGACUCAGGAUGAGUUCUAG